GUAUGCAAUCAGAAAGCGAACAUUACGAACGUAAAUUUUAAGAGUGAAAACUUUGUUCUUGACUUGAUCUUGAUUAUUUCAAUUCAAAUCGCGAUUGCAAGACUGUGCGUUGAGCAUCUGGCAACACUGUCCCGCCCAGAUUUGCCUUCGAUUGUUUGGUUUGCCAUUAGCGCGCGACGCGCCUCAGCGCUCCGAAAUCGGAAAAUUUCGGAAAUCUUGCAAAUUUCGGAAUCUGUUGUGUUUUUAAACGGAGUUUCGAGGACCGCAACGCAUCGACCAUGACGAUGUGCGUGUUGUGUCGCAGCAGCGAAAAGGAGGAGUUGACCCUCGGCCCCGUCCUUUCGGAGGGAAGGAUAACGGUGCACCGCAACUGUCUGUACCUGAGCUCCAAUCUCGUCCAGCGCGGCAACCAGCGCCACGGCAUCCUGCGCUUCCUCGAGGAGGACAUCCUGGCGGAGGCGAAGCGCUGCCGGCCGCUCACCUGCUGCUACUGCCAUCGCGGUGGGGCCAACAUCGGGUGCUGCAAGAACGGAUGCCGGCGCACCUUUCACACCAAGUGCGGCAUCAACAAUCUGGCGCAGAACCAGUUCCGUGACACCUUCAAGUCCUACUGCCAUCAGCAUGUGCGCCGCAAUCGCCAGCGUCCGCCGUCGGAGGCGGAGAACUGCAUCAUCUGCCAGGAGCUGCUGGUCGCCGAAGGCGUUCGCUUCAGCGUGGUGACCUGCCUCAUCUCGCCGUGCUGCCGCAAUGGCUGGUACCACCGCAAUUGCCUGCAGGAAUACGCCAACACGGCCGGCUACUUCUUCAAGUGCCCGCUGUGCAACAACUCGAAGGAGUUCCACGACGUGGCCCUGAUGGGCAUCUCGGUCUCGAACCAGGACGCCAGCUGGGAGACCGAACCGAAUGCCUUUGCAGAGCAACUGCUUCGGGAUCAGGCCUGCACGGCCGUUUUCUGCCGACAAGCUACCGGUCGACUUGGCGACGUUGGGUCGCUGCUGUAUUGCAACCUGUGCGGCUCCAAUCCCGUGCACUGCUACUGCGCCAAUCCCUUCGACGGCGACUAUGUCUGCGGCGUCUGCUCGGUGGUCUCGCCCGUCGUCUCGCCCGCCGCCCGGCCGCCCACGCCGGCGGUGGUAACGGUUGACGAGGAUCAAACCGACAGCGAUGACUUCGAUUUGAUUGCCCAGUUCCCCCAGCUCCGCUCCAUUGCGUCCAGGAGCCAGCCGAGCGGGGUCAACGACGACAGCACGAUGAACAACACACGCGAUCCCGUUCACUCCAAGCUGAGCGCCUCCGUGUGGGAUGAUUCCGACACCGAGGAUGACGAUGACGUGUUCCGCCGCGUGGUCGAGAUCGAGGAGCAGAGUCGCGUGACCGGGAAGGCGGAGGAGGAGAAGGAGAAGAAGGAGGAGGAGCCCUCCACCUCUGGGGCCAGUGGAAAGCCUGUCCAGCCACUUGCUGAUCCAGCAAGAUCCGUCCCAAGCCCGCCGGGAACCUCUGCAGCCACUGCACUUGGACGCAGAUCCAGUUCUACUUUGGCAACAACAUCGUCUGGCUCUGAAAAGGUGUCACCACCACGUCCACGUCCACGUGCAGGACGCAGAUCAGCAGCCAGAGCAAGAGGAACAUCGGCAGCUUUACCGCGUCGCAGCAGCGCCAGACUGCAGGCACUGGAAAACCAGGAGAACGUUAAGCCAGAAAAGGAGGCCUCACCGGCUGGCUGCUCCUCCUCCUCCUCCUCCUCCUCCUCCAACGCCGCCGCCGCUGCUGCUGCUGCUGCUGCUCCCACUCGGCGUUCCCUUCGCUCGCGCCGCACGCUGCCAGCCAGGAUGCCUGGGUCAGGGCAAAAGGAAUCCGAUACAAGCAAAGAGCGCGAGCCCAAGAAGCGCCGCGUGUCUCCUUCUUUGCCAGCUGCACAGCCAAGAGGCAGGCGUCCCCUGCGCCCAUUGACGCCAGAGGCCACCGCCAGUCGCUCCAACGGGCGGACACUGCGUCGCAGGACUGUGGCCGCUCCCGUUCCCACUCCCGAUCCCAGUCACCGCCAACAGGGCAACCUGGACAUGUCCUGCGUGGCCAAUAGAACCCGCCAGCGGCUCCCUGCCCACCUGGCCAGCCGCAAAUAAUUGCGGAUCGGUUUGAGAGAUAGCUUACAUUCCAUGGUACGGAACACUGACCAGGCUGCGGAUCCAAAUGCGUGCGUUUGAUCCACAGCUGCGCUUUUAGUUUUAAUCCUACGACUGACCCUAGAAAACCAUUCAAUUUACUUUUAAAAUCAGAUCUGACUGCAUUAUAGGCAUCUAUAGGCAUGGACCAUAUAAGUUAUUCAAUAAAAACAACAUUGUAUUAUACAAUCUCA